UUCAUAAAACAGAAAAAGAAUAGUGAAAAUUCUAAUUUUGUACGUUUGUGCGUCGUUUUUGCUAUGGAAAACAAUAAAUUAAUCAUAUUGAACUUACAAUAAACGUUGUAAUUAUUCAUUCUAAUUAAAAUACGGUGCUAGAUAUAUAUUUAGUGCAACAAAAAUAUUCUGCUAGCACUCACGAGCAGUUUGGCGUGGCUAUAUAAUGGACGCUGAGACGGCAUUGGAGGGAACGGCGCCAUUUGAUUAUAGGCUGGUUUGCAGAACGUGCCUUGCUUCGGAUGCAGAAUUUUAUAAACUUGACUCACCAAUAUUUGUCGAGAAUCAGGAUAGUGAUGAAAAGCCUGCCAGCUUUAUGGAUUGUUUGCGUUAUUGCACACGUUUUAGUGAUUACGAUGAUAGUGAAAAAUUACAAUACCCAAUAUACAUUUGCACGGAAUGUAGUGCAGCGCUGCAAGUGUCUUAUAGUUUCAUAAAGAACGCACUUGAGGCGCAUGAAAUAUUGCGACAGAAAUUAAGUGAAUAUACCGACAUUCAGCCGAAAAAUCUAAAAAUAUUGCGCAAAAAUGGUUUGGUUGAGGAAAUUGGACGCGGUUGCGCGGGGACGCAAGAUGGCGUGGAUACAGACGUGCCAAAAAUGCGUUUUCGGUGCAAAAUUUGCAAUGAGAAAGUUGAGACAAAAAGAGCUUUGAAAGAACACAUAAAAUUGCAUUUAGAUAUAAUUUCCUAUUGCUGUCAGUUGUGCAAUUUCGAGUGCAAGAAACGAACACUGCUAUUUGAUCAUUAUAAAUUGGCACACCAUACGCAACCUACAAAGGAGCAACUAAAACCCAAAACAAUGCAACCUAAUCAGGCGCCUAUUAAGAGAGAAGAAGAAAUCGAUUUUGAAGAUUCCAUUGCUAAAGAAAUGGAAAAAAUUCACAACAAUCAAGUUAACGCAGAGUAUUUACAUGAUACACAGAAUGAGAUACAAAACCAACAACAACCACAAGACAUAAAUAUGAAAUUAUUUCUAACGCCGACCAGUAGUAAUGCCUCAGCCGCUGCAGCAUAUGUCGAAGCAGCUACAGCGGCAACUGCUACAGAUGGUUCUACUGAAACGAUCACAGUGAAAACGGAGCACAGUGCUAGCAUAUCAACGAAUCUGCAGCAAUAUGGCACGGAAGAAUUUAAUAUUGCUGCAAAUGAAUUGAGCGUCGGUAAUGAGUUCAUUGUUAUGGCCGAUGGAACGGUAGAGGAAGUGAUGGGCAAUGGUGUCGUCAUCGAAUACAUUAAUGCGGCAGAUGAUGGUGUAACAUUAGAAAAUGGAUUGGUAAUGGAUAAUAUUAUGCAAGUACAACAAACAGGUGAUAUGGAUCAAACCGUGACAAUGGAUAUGGAUGUGGAUGACAUGAUUAUCGAGGAAUGUAUAGGUAGUGAGAUAACUGCACACAAUAUGUCAUCUAUAACUAUGGCGCCGGAGACUACAGUGCAAACGUUACAAAAUAUAGAAGAUGAAUUGCCGCCGCCCGCGAUUAUUUCAGCAGCAAAUGUACUUACCGCUAAGCGUAUUAAGUGCAAAAUUUGUGCUAGUAAUUUUCAGACACAAGAUCAACUUAAAACACAUAUGCUUACACACAAUGAAAUACCACAUUUCUUUUGUGAUCAAUGCGCAUUUUACACUUUCUUUAAAAUUGAUUUGACACAACAUUACAAAACCAAGCAUAAAUUGCAGCCCACACAAAAGCAAUUACAGCCGAAGAAUAAAGUCAAAUCACACGACCAGCCGGGCGAUAUGAAGCAUGUAUAUGCUUGCGAUUUGUGUCUGUUUGAAACACGCAUAAAGGCACAUUUACGACGUCACUAUUUGAGUCAGCAUCAAGAGGAGGCAACUGAAGUGCAAUUGAGACCAACAAUCGACGAAUCUGUUGCAUUAACACAACCGGAGGUCACACCGUCAGAUUCGCCACCCAAACAACGUGGAAAAGUUUUACGUCCCGACUAUCCCAAAGGUUUAAAUUGCAAAAAAUGUUCAAAAAUAUUUUACUGGCGUGAAAAACUUAAGGAUCAUUAUCGACAACAUGGCUUGGAAGAGAGCAAUGGCAUAGAUGUAGCUGUCAACGAUACAAUGGUGUCCGAUAUAGUAGUGGAUAACGCCGCGCCGGGUACAAGUUUGCUAAAACAAAAUACAUUUCAAUAUCAAUUGCCGCCAGCACAUGAUGGAAAUAAUGUGAAUAUCAUGCUCAAUACAAAUAUCGGACAUAAUCACUACAACAGCAAUGCAGCAACUGCCGAUCCGAGUGUUAUAGAUGCACAGGCAAUUGUCGAUGCUGCGGUAGCGGAGGCACAAGCUGCUGGCAUGCAGCUUAAUAUGCAAAUGAAUGCACCGGCACCAGAUAUUAUAAUGGAUAUACCAGUCGCAACAACAAUUACUAAUACAGCGGUAGCCAUAGACACAACAGUGGGUGUCAAUCAUGUCCACGACAUUCAACAUCAACAACAGCAGCAGCAGCAUCUUCAGCAGCAUCAGCAGCAACAGCACCACCACCAGUCAGUAGCAGUAAUGGCAGGUUAUGCGUGUCAACAAAUACCAUCGGAUGCCAUACCACAAGUUGUUGAAACCGAAACAACAAUUGAUAAUAGCGAAUUGGAUUUUGUUUUUAACGAUGCGCUCUUUGAAGAAUUCGAAGAAGAUGAAAAUGAGGAUGAGGAGAAUGAAGAAGAUGCUGGCACAGAUUUUCAAGAUUUACUGCUUACCAGUGAUGAUGAUUUCGAUGAUAUGUUAGAGGAUGAACAGCAGAAACAGCGUGAAUUUGACGGGGAGAUUCCUGCAACGCCGAACACAAGCACUUAUCAACCGUAUUGUGUACACUGUAAUAGGAAAUUUUUCAGUCAAUAUCAUUUUGAAAAUCAUAUGUUCGUGCAUCGUGGUUUGGCACCCUAUCGCUGUGAGAUGUGUACAAAUUUAUAUAAUACAAAGCGUGCAUUAAUACGUCACUAUCGCGCUGUUCAUAAGAAAAUUCCAACAAGAGAUAUGAUACAAGCCAAGGGUGAUAAAGUUGUUGUAGAUCAUACGCCGAUUGCACAUUUAAAUCUGAUCGAAAAAAAAGCAGUCACAUUAAUGUGUGCUAAAUGUCCGUUCGAAUCGGUCGAUCUAACCGUUAUGCAGAUACAUUUAAACACCAUGCAUGGCUUAGUCGAUGAAAAUUUCAUCUUACAAAAAUUGCCAUUUGAGUGUCCGCGCUGCAUCCGAUCAUGCGCAACGCGUGCGCGUCUCAUACGACAUUUGGAACGUAGUCAUUCGGUGGCGACUAUAAUACAACAACACCGUAUUACAAAUAAUCUUAUGCGUAAUCAGUUGCAACAGCAGCAAACAGCACAACAGCAACAACAACUGGAAAACCAACCGUUUAUAGCAAUUAAAGAUACAGCUACCGCAACGACAACAACAAUAGCAGCUGCGACGACACAUCCAUCCGCAUCCACAAUAGCAGUAACAACAUUCUCGCCAGCAGCGCCGACGAGUUCAAGUUGCGGCCAAGGCAUAAAUAUGCAAUCAUAUCAAUUCAACUACAACAACAAGAACAACAACGAUGAAGAUGAUGAUGAUGAUGAUGAUGAUGAUGAUGAUGCUGAUGCUGAUGUUGAUGCUGAUGCUGAUGCUGAUACUGAUGUUGAUAAUGCUGUUGGUGUGGAUGUUGUGGGUGGUGAUGCUGCUUGCAUUCAAGACGUUAAUAUUAACAAUAACAACAACAACACUCUCGACAAUCAUAUGCAGCAUACAGUAGCGGCCGCCAUUGAAAUUUCACCGCUCUCCAAAUUAAUCGCCGACAUGGAGCAUGAUGAGCAAUCACAAGCAGACGAUUCAAUUGUCGCUACAACAAUGUUUACCCAUACAAGUGCAAAUACACUGUUGAGAAAAAAAGUUCAAUGUAGUAAAAUGCCACCAGCAAUAACAGCAGCAAAUAUGCCACGAAUAAGAAGGAAAAGUAUGUCAAAUGUAGUAAAUACCUUAAUCACCGCCAAUACGUACAAUCAAUUGAAUGAAAACAACGAAUUAUUCGAUGAAUAUGCCUGCGGCAUGUGUUCACAAAGUUGGCGUACCGCUGCUGAGCUGCACGCACACGAAUGCAUACGUUUAGCGGGUAGCCUAGGUAGCGGUAAUAAGGAGGCUCUUGAGGAGUAUGCCACAACCACCAGCGCAGAAGAGAAAUGUUCAAAUCGAAAGGGCUUAGAAAAUGUUGGUCUUAUAACAUCUGAACGUUCGUUGUAUCUCUUUAAAUGUGAUAUUUGUCAUUGCAAUUACAAAUCCAGUGAAUUACUAAAACAUCACAUGAAACGACAUACGGCGCGCAUUUUUCGCUGCAGCCACUGCCCGAAGACUUAUAUCAAUCGGAGUGAGUUGAAAUUCCAUCAACUCAGCCACACCGGCGAGAAGCCGCAUAAGUGUAAAAUGUGUCCGAAACAAUUUCGUUAUCCACACCACUUGAAACGGCAUUGUGAUGUCGUGCAUUUGGGUAAACGUGCACGCUGUCCCGUGGUUGGUUGUGGGCGUACAUUUACAACGCAAGCACAAUUAAAGAUACACGGUUGGAUUCAUGAUGGAAAUGAGCCGUACCGCUGCAAGUACUGUAGGCAGUCGUUCAAGAAGCGCGAGUCCUUACGCAAGCAUACGCGUCGUGUGCAUCAUUUCGAUCUAACCGAACAGGAAAUCGCCGACAUUUAUCGUCAAAAUGUUGGUCACACAAAUCCACAUGACUUUACGGUGUCUCUCUCAAAUGGACGCAUGCUUCGACGUUCAGAUUUUGAACAAGUCGCCGAACACCAACACGCACUGGAUGACGAUUUACCUACAGUAUCUGUAUCAGCGUCCGAAGCAGCAACCGUCGGUGAAGUCGUCAAGACAGAAAUCGAUAUAGACAGUAGUCUAUCGCCGCUACUCGCAUCCAAUAGUCAUAAAAAUAUCCAUAUACAACAACUUGUGUUGGGAGUCGAAGAGGAGGAUGAAACCGCUGUAUCGCAUAUUUCUCAAACUAGCAAUUCAAUGUCGACGCAUGAGGAAACAAUACAUACAUACAUGUUGCCCGGCAUGGAGGAGCAUGGCCAAUUGCCACAUUUUAAGUUGGAGAAUUCUGGUUCAUUUUGAGUAUGCCAAUGAGACGCUCAGCUCAGCAUAUAUAAUGUUUUGCGAAAGCAUAUACAAACAAUUAUAUGUAUUACAUAAUUGAUAUGCAACUGUAAAUGGUUUGUAAAUAAGAUGAUCACCACCACCACCACCACCACCAUCUUCAACACUACUACAUAUUUCAUAGAAUUUUAGUUUUUAUAUUUUUAUUUAUACAUACAUAUAUACAUAUUAUUAUUAAAAAAAGCCCUACCAAAAUAUAUACAUAUAUAUGUAGGAUACAUGUAUAAAUGCGUACAUUUUUAUGUGUAGAUGCAUAGCAAGGCCAACCUCAACACAUAAAUAAAUCAAUUGUUUCAAUAAUUAAUGUACGUCUCGAAGCAAUUAAAUAAUAAUUCAUUAUAAAGUAUUUAACACUUAUGAAGAAAAAUGGACUUUUUAAAAGAAAAGUAAAACCGUAAGUUAAGUUAUAUGUUUAUGAAGUUGUCACUUGUGCAUAUGUGUAUACUUACAUACAUACAUGCAAACAUACUUUAAUUCAUACAUUAUAGUCUAUUUGCUAUUGUAGAUAUUUAAAAUAAUUAAAAUUAAUGUAAAUUAAUAAUAUAAAAAUACAUACAAAUGUGCU